ACGAGAACGCAUCUACCGCUUAAGCCAUCUAAUACACUAAAGUCGAAGUUACGACAAUUUCAGAGUUACUUCGAGCUUAACAUCCACAUUUUGCAAGUUUAUCUCGAGUGUUUUCGAGGAGUUCCUGAUUAGUUCGAUUUGAAUUUGUGAAUACUUCGAUUGGAAAGGAUUUCUGUUUGUGGAGCCAAACUGGAUUAAUUGAGACUUGUGGAUAUUUUUUGUGAUUCUUUUAAAAAAAAAUUCACUGGCCUGUGGGUUUAUGGAGUUUGUGGAUUUUUAUACGAGUGAGGGAAUUUUGAGGGCUGUUGGGUUUUGAGGGGUGAGGUGACGUGCACUUUGGAUUUUGAUGCGAUGAGCCGCCACGUGGUUGAGAGUAGUAGCGAGUUGUCGGCGUUUAUGAAAGCAGGUGUAAUGGCAGGUACAGAGAGGGACGCUGGUUUCUGCAGCGGUGGUGACGAGGACGACAUGUCAGGUCUCCACUCUCCAAGUGCCUCUGAAGACAGUGUCGAAGUCCAGAUAUCCCCAAUUUCCCUGAGGAACAAGCGAAAGUUAGCGGAACCACGAAAGCUUCAGGAGCAAUCGACAGCCCCCCUGAAGAAGCGUCGAUUCGAUCUCAUCCAGGAAUCAUCGACAGUCGUCGACGAAGAGUCGAGACCACCAAAUACACCAUCGCCUUCGCCAUUUCGUCCUUGGAGCAGUCCGGCCAAGCCGACAGAAUCCAAAACUCAGACUGCCCUGAAGCCAUCCGAGUUCUCUCGUAAAACGUCCGAGAACUACCUGACGACUGACCUCAGGAUUCAAGAGGAGAGAUGGCGACAGGAGGAGGCGAGGAGACGCGAAGAAGAGGCCCAGAGGCAGCAUGAGGCGAGAAUCCAAGAGGAAGUUCUUGCUAGGCUCCAGGAGUCCGAAGCGAGAAGAACAACAUCACCAGUUUCGUCCCAAACGUCGAGUUCUUCUGUCACAUCUUCACAAAGUCGAGAGAGACAGAGGUUCCAACCACCACCACCACCUCCACCACCACCAGCACCACUCAGAUUGCAGGAAGAACCUCUGGCAUUGGUUUUGAGAGGAGAGCCACCAAGAGUACCAGCGCAUCCAGCUGUCAAUGGUAGCUUCGAACGCAGUUCAACGUUCCCUGUGUGCAUAGCUGAGCCAACGUUUUCCGAUAGCUCGAGGGAUGGCAGUCAGAGGGAGAGCGAUCAAAGGAAUCAUCAGAGUGGCCAGCAAAGAAAUUACAAGAACAUGACGAGAGAGAGGAGGAUAGAGGCGAACGCCAGGGAGAGAACAAGAGUUCACACCAUCUCAGCUGCUUUUGAUACUUUGAGAAAGUCUAUCCCAGCUUACUCUCAUAAUCAGAAACUGUCGAAACUGUCUGUUCUGAGGAUUGCCUGCAGCUACAUCAUGACCCUCAGCAAAAUAGCCAAUACUCCGGAGGGCGAGGAAACGACUAGUUCAGCUCUCGGUACCUGUGUUGACAUGGUUUCCAGGACAAUCCAAACGGAGGGAAAAUUGAGAAAGAAGAAAGACGAAUAGGGGUUAAAGACUUUUGGUUUUCAAGGUCGGGGGAACUGGUGUCCUAGACCAAUGCAAGAUCACUCAAUGCUCAAUGACUUCGCCCAAUCUUGCUGUUAGGGUUAAGAUUUUUUUUCGCGAAUUUUGUUAAGAGGUUUGACAAUACUUUUAGGGUAGGGUGAGAGAAUCUGAAGACAAUAAUUGUUUGUUUUUGUUUUUCAAUAUUUCGGAGUUGGGAUCAUCUGUUUCCAAAGGAUCUGAUAAAAUUGGAGGAAAUUUGUGAUUUAAUGUUAAAGUUUAUUGAUAACUCAAACUUUGGAAUAUGUUUUAUGAGCUUUUUAGAAUUUACGGUUUAGAUGGAUAGGCUUACUUAUUCUUGUGGAAACAGCCAAAUUUGGGAUGAAAUCAUGCUUCCAGUUAUUCGUUGACUGACGCCAAGUACAAAAACUUCAACUGCUUUUUUAUUUUCUCGAGGGAAAAGUAUAGGAUACAUUUAGGGUAAUUGUCAAAGCUCCAUUGUAUAUAGUUGGAUGAUGUUAAGUCAGUGAAAACCGUCGGUGACGGUUUUUGUUAUUUUUAAGAAGGAUUUUCCGCAUAAGAUAUUAGUUUUAAUCCCAACGAGAUCUAACAUUCUUACGAUCUUAUUGACAAGAAAUUAUAUGGAUAUAUUAUAUUGAGCAAUAGAUUAUAUGAUCAUAUAAAUUAAAGUGCGUGCGCUUGAAUGGCGCUCAUGUCCUGUAUGUACCUUUCUACAGAUUGUAGAUUUAUUGCCAAGUGGUGUUUUUUUUUUCUCUUGAAUUUUAAUAUUUGAAAUUCAAUAAAACAAAGUGAUU